UGGUCGGAUACCACACUGCGCUGCUUUGUACCGUACUCGAAAAACACGGCACCGGACCACACCUCAUCUUAUCAUCCAACUGGCGCGAGAAUCUAACUGACACAGUCUGUUGCCUUCAGGGGAGAGAGAGGCAUGAGCUUAGGAGAGCACAGCCGAGCUAAGCUAAGUAGUUUCAAAGCAGAAUUCGCCGAUUAGCCAUGGAUUCCUGAACGACAUCUUUGUGAUGGCAGGCGACGACCUAGUGAGACUCAAGAUAGCCGUAGCGAAUUCGUCCUUGCGCAAUAGCCCCUCUCCUGCUUAGUCACGCUCGCCAUCCGCGAAUCAUCUCCCCUGUCCCCUUCAUGCCAUCCAGCCGUAUUCCUGAUUUAGCUCGCCAUCCUUCAGUCGGCCGUUUUCUUCUCAGACCUCGUUCCGGCAAUUCCGCUUUCUCUUGUAGCCUACGUGAGCGGAUCCAGAUAGGUACUGUCUUUAGGAUCCAGAUAGCUACUGUCUAUAUUUGACUCAGAAGCGACACAUCAAGAUGCUGGGGAUAUUCAGCGUCAUCUAUUACUCCGUAGUCUGCCUCGUUACAAGCUUCCUCGUUGUCCGGUUCGGUUUCCCGGUCCGUCUGCUCCGGCAUCUGCAGGUCUACGUGCUUACAGAUCAAAAUGCCGGGGUUCCCAUGUCGGCCGCUUCCAACGGGUCGGGCAGAAGCAAGGGCAGGAAAAAAAACAAUGAGCCGGAGUUUGACGAGUCAAGCGGCAAGAUGAUGCGGAUUCUCGUGCAGGAGGGUCACCUCUAUUCGCGAAAGUUCUUUCGCGAAUUCGACGAAACGAUCCUGUUCGCCUGCAUAGGGAUCAUGGCGGUGUUUUCCCGGGAAAUCCUGACCGUCAUUGAGAUGUACGUUGAGGGAAGCGGAUUUUUCACCAACCAGCAAAACCAGCAGCAGCAGCAGAGUGGAGAUCAGAGCACCCCGAAGCAGAAUCUAUCUUCGUCUUCCACUGGUCUUUUCCUCAUGGAUCAUGGCGGCAUGAUUCCGCUCCUCCUCGCAGCGGUGGCUCUCUGGAAAAUCGUCCGGAACUGGGCCUCUGUAGAGUGGGACAGGAGCACAACCCGGUCCGCUGAUUUCACGCAGUGCCUUCUUGCCGGGAUAGCGAGUUGUCUUAUAACGGGUUUCAUCCUCUUCGCGCUCCCUCCGUCCCUCACCGGCUUCGACUUCGACUCCGUCGCCCAAAAGGCCGGCGUGACUAUAACUAAUCACUUCAAAUCGAAGGGCCUCGCUAAAGAGAACAUCCCCGAAUUCAUCAUCCCCCCGACCUUCAUCAAAACCUCACUGGUGCUCUUCUCAGGGGUCAUCGGCGCGCUUAGCCUCCCUGCAGCGAUCCGUUUCGUCCGCUGCUUCUACCUGUCCACCAGCCAGCAGCCGUGGGACACGGGGAUCAUCCACCAGGGGUUCUGGUCCGCCCUUCUGUGGAAUGUCAGCUUCGUGCUUCCUGUGCUCGCUGCAGCACUCUGGAUCCGUCCCCUGACAGAGGUUUUCGAGCCUGUUGUUGCUUUCAGAGGGGUUGGGAGCGGUGCAGUAACAGGUGGUGGUGGUGCCGGUGCUGUUCCUGCUGGUUCUCUCGGUGCUGCUUCUGCUGCUAAUGCUACUACUGCUGCUGCUGUUGGUGUGUGCACUUUGCCCCACCUUGGUUCCUACUUUGGCUCUCUCUUUGGAGCCAGUGUGACUGGCCCUUGCAGCGGCCUCCCAAUUGCGUGGUUCCAGGUGGCAGCCAUUCUCCUCAGUGGAAUUUCCCGUCUCCUGCUUCUCCGCAUUGCCGUACAGUCCCACCUCAACACUGCUCUGGUGUACUGGUAUGACCAGCUACAUUCUGGUAAGGAGUGGGCCUAUCAUUGGAUAAACGCACGUGUGCAGCUGACGUACUAUUUCAUCUGCAAAGUUGCUAUUCAGUCUGCUGCGCUCCCUAUAGUCACACUCCUGCUGGUGGGCAUUGCGAGAAGCAGAGGGCCAGAGUUGGAUCCGCUUUUUGAUAAGGAGGGGUCGUUGUUGCCACCUCUUUUAGUAAGAGAGGUGGCAAUGUUUCUCGCUUGGUGGUGUAAUGCAGCUUGGGCGUUGCAGACUUGUGCUAUUUUGGCACUGUUUAGAGUGGGACAGUUGAAGGCUGUGUAGGACAACAAUGAUUGACAUCUGUGUACAACAUUUAGGUUGAGCAAUCUGAUAUGCUUUGAGCAUCCGUAAU